UUUUAAAACUCGUGCGGUUAAACAGCAUUAUACUAAUAAAAUUUAAAGUUGUGCAAAUAAAAAGCCGUGUGGAAAUGAGAAUCCAGCACUUGAUCGUGUGUAUCGUGAUCUAUUUAUUGGAUUGCCACAGAGUUUUAACCGAGAUACCACAUUGUGCAUUCGAAGAUACCGUUAACAUAACUGCUAGUCGAAAAUUCCCCAAUGGUUCCUACUCCUAUCAAAAUGUGUUGGUGCCGAAGCAUUUGACUGGCAACUACAGUUACAUCGAGCUAUACGAUGGCAAUCGUAAAACCGUGGAGAAGCAUUUACGCGGUUGUGUAUGUCAACUUAAGCCAUGUGUCAAAUUUUGCUGUCAUGAAAAGGAACGGGUGACGCUGACAAACGGAAGAUUACAAUGUUCCAAGUGGAAGAAAAUUAAUUACUCCCCCUUUUUAAAUAUAACAUUGCAAAACGGAUAUAAACGUAAAAUGAAUAUACUGACUGAAUUUGUAGUGCAACAGGGAAUACCAUGUGACAUGGGAUUUCCAAGUGGGGAUCCGUGGGAGUUAACUGAGGAUGGCAAAAUCACUCAACACAUGUCACAAGCUGCUCGCGAUUAUUGUAUAUUUCCGUAUCCCAUAAGUGGCACCAAAAGUUGGGAAUUAAAUGCAAUCAACUGUCCUCCACAGAUACCUCUAUCAAUUAAAGUCAACACGAUGCUUAUGCUGACUUCGGUACCAUUUCUAUAUGCCACAAUUCUUAUAUACUGGUGGACCGGCAAUUUAAAAAGCUUAAAUGGCAAAUGUAUAGUUUGUUACAUAUUUUCAUUGGCUAAUGGGACGAUGCUAAUUGUAAUUGCCAAUUUUCCAGUAACCGUGAUUACUAGCAAUGAUUUUGCUUGCGCUCUUAUAGGAUUUGUCGCCUACUAUUUCUUAACGGCCGUAUUUUUCUGGCUUAACGUAAUCUGUUUCGAUCUUUGGCAAAAUGUUUGUUUCACCACCAAGUUUACAAAUAAAACAAAUACAUCGGAGCAUAAACGUUUGCUCUACUACUCACUAUACGCUUGGGGUUUGCCAGCGGUUAUGACUAUCAUAACAGUUAUUAUACAGUACUCCUCCUUACCAGACGAACUCAAGCCGGGUAUUGGUGAUACAGUUUGUUUUUUGAAAACUAAUGACUGGUCAGCGAUGUUGUAUUUCCAUGGACUAUUUCUCUUACUUAUCUCCUUCAAUAUUGUUGUUUUCUACUUGACUGUGAAGCAUGUCUUUUCUGUACGUAGUAAUCUUCAGAUGUUAAGAUCGCAUGAACAGGCUGAAGAUCGCAUAAAUCGUCUGCGUGUGCUACAAGAGAAUAUCUGGCAAUUUUUGCGCUUGUUCAUCAUAAUGGGUAUAAAUUGGCUACUGGAAAUCUUCGCAUAUUUGCUGGACCGUAUAAAGGAAUAUGAGGUUAUUUUCUACAUUAUAAAUGCUUUCACCGCUUCUCAAGGCAUCAUUUUAUUUAUAAUAUUGGUUAUGACAAAAAAGAAUCGAAAGAUCAUUAAGAAAGCAAUAAAAGACAUCUUUUCGAAACUACGGUUCCAAAGGCCUAAAGCUCAUAUAUAGUAUGAUAUAAUUGCAACAACAAUUUUUAUUGCUGACCUAUGACGUCAAAUUGCAGGAAAAAAGUGUUCGAAAAUUGGAAUUUCUUCGAGUCAGCGGCGGUCACUUGCUUUAAAUCAGUUCUUAAAUAUUUUUGUAUUAAAGCUAAAUUCUUGGUCAUAACCUUAAA